UAAUAAUGAAAUAACAAAUGUAGCAAUUGACCCUCUAACCCCAAAGACUUUAAUAAUUAAUAUUUAGGCCAAUGUGGGGAUUUGAAAUGGAAAAGGUCCAUUCACUCGACCACUUUGUGCGUCUGCAGCUUUGUCUUCUUCCAUUGCUCUGCAACCGACAGAGUAAUAGGAGGAGGAGGAGGAGGAGGAGGAGAAGAAGAGAGAGAAUCCUCCUGCAGAUCGGCCGCCGGUGAAAUCCUCUAUCGGCGUUUCUUUUGAGGUCCGAUUUUUGUUCAUUGCUAUCCGCUACAGCGUUGCCAUCAUCAUCUUCUUUUUCUUCUUUUGCCUUUUUCUCCUCUCUGCUUGCUUUGUUCCCACGGCAUACGUUUUCGCUUUUACGUACUUGCGGGGAGGAAAAAAUUGAUUAGAUCUCGUUUAGGGCUUAUAUUUGUUGUUGUUUUCUUUGAUGUAUUGAUUUCUUGAGAGCUCUGGAGGACGUUAAAGGAACCCUAGCGUUCCUUGGAACGUGUUCUUUUUUUGUCGAUUUUGGUAGAUCGAUUUGGUUUGUAGUGGAAGAAGAAAAAGAAGAACGAGGUUUACAGGGUGAAUAUGCUUUGGUUGAUGACAGUAUCGGGGGUUUUCUCCGCAGCAAUGGUGAUGAUUGUGCUUGCUCCGGCUUUGCAAUCGUUUCCUCCGGCUGAAGCCAUUCGAUCCUCUCAUCUUGAUUUUUACCUUCGUUUGCCUCUUGAUACUCCCUCUUCCGGAUCGUUGAACAGAUUCUCCUUCCGAAAGGCAUCUACAUUUCGCAAUGCCGGUCAAUGCGGUGGCGGUGACUCGAAAUAUUCUGGGAAGUUUGGUGUGUGCGAUCCGAAUUUGGUUCAUGUUGCUAUUACGCUUGAUGUGGAGUACCUUCGUGGCUCAGUUGCGGCCGUCAAUUCGAUUCUUCGAAACUCGCAAUGUCCAGACAGUGUUUUCUUUCAUUUCCUCGUUUCGGAUACAAGUCUCGAGGACUUCGUUCGAUCCACCUUCCCUCAGUUGAAAUUUAAAGUGUACUAUUUCGAUCCGGAGAUUGUCCGCGAUCUUAUCUCCACUUCGGUCAGGCAAGCGCUGGAGCAGCCACUUAAUUAUGCUAGAAAUUACUUGGCUGGGUUGCUCGAGUCCUGUGUGAAGAAGGUAAUUUACCUGGAUUCUGAUCUUAUUGUGGUAGAUGAUAUUCGAAAGCUAUGGACGACGAGUUUGGGUGAGUGGACAAUCGGAGCUCCUGAGUACUGCCAUGCCAAUUUUAGCAAGUAUUUCACAGCGCGUUUCUGGUCUGAUGAGAGACUUUUCGGAACAUUUGCUGGAAGAAAACCAUGUUACUUCAACACCGGCGUUAUGGUCAUAGAUUUGGUUAAGUGGAGGGCUAGUGGGUACACGGAGAAGAUUGAAUCCUGGAUGAAGCUUCAGAAGAGUAAUCGCAUCUAUGAACUUGGGUCACUGCCGCCGUUCCUGUUGGUUUUCGCGGGCAACGUGGCGACCAUCGAACACCGAUGGAACCAGCAUGGUUUAGGAGGUGAUAGCGUCAGAGGCAGCUGCCGUGACCUCCACCCGGGUCCGACGAGCCUCUUGCAUUGGUCCGGCAGUGGGAAGCCAUGGCUUAGGUUGGACUCUAAACAACCAUGUCCACUGGACUCCCUAUGGUCACCAUACGAUUUGUACGGAUACUCCUUGUGAAAUCUCAGAGGAUAUAUGAGGUCGCCGGUAAAUUUCCCUGCAGGACUUUUUUUGACUUUUUUGAUAAAUUUUCCAAUUUUAGUCCUAUUUUUCGUUGUUUUUCCGUCUCUCUCCAGUUACUUUGUGCUUCUUCUUCUAACUCCAUCUUCCAGGCGAUGUGUAUCCUAUUUUACGAUUUUUCCUGGGUCUGAAAAUAAAAAGGGAAAAAACGGGCCAUUCGAUUUGUUUGUACAGACUUUGCGUUCUUUUAUGAAUGGAUACUUGAUGGUGUUCCGUGUAUUGAAAUUGUCGAUAAAGCAAUUCUAUUUCCUGCUCCUUUAAGCUUUUGCCAGUUCGGAAUGAUUAUAUAUCGUGUAGCCAUCCAAUCCUUCACACGGUGGUCUUGCCUGAAGUAAAGUGGUUUGUAGAUAUGGAAUUUCCUUGCAGGUCCAACACAGAUUAUUUUCUGCAGCGUUCUGGCUCCAUUUAAACAACAUAUUUCGCCCUGGGGAACUCCUCUUCUUAUUAAAAGGCGUGGUCUAAGUGAAGCAUGGCCAUUUGAUUAGAACCUAUUUAUCGCCCAUAAAUGUGAUGGAAGCAUCUUUGCAUCUACAAUUUAAAGGAAUCUUCGGAACUUGUGGAGGAUAUGGAGGGAUUGUAUGAGGUAUGUUUCAGCCUCCCAAUCCGAGAGAGGACGCGACGCGAGAUGAUGAUGGGUCAACCACAACAGGCGUUGCUGAUUGCAGAAGAGUGAGAGAGGGACUGAUAUGAUGAAAGCUUAAACGAGAGAAGAGGUUAAAGGAGAGAGAAAAAAAAGGAAAUAUCUGCAGGAAAGAAUUGGUUAAGACGAAUCAAAACACAGGGAAACAUCACAACUUCAGCCUUUCCCCAUUGCUGGCUUAAGUUCACCCAUCAUUGGACGCCCAUUUCCCCAUCGCCUUGGAUGAAAUUUAUGACGUCUCAGAGGUAGGCGAUGGCGGCGACCUGUCGGAGGAGGAUUGAAGGAGAGAGUAAGUAUCCUCAUCAGCAAGAACAAAUAAUACGAAAAUGGUUUCAUUUUCUUUAUUAUAUUUCAAUCAGAAAAUUUAAUUGGAGCAGUAAAUGGUUGUAUUUUGCGUUUCUUGUUUCU